AUGGCACAUGUGUUGAAAAUGGUAGUGGGAAUCAAAGACUACAAGAUUACAUUGCUCACACGCAACAAAGCGGCGGGGCUCACGCUAAAGAACCCUCGACGACAGUCUGGCCAGGGGUUUGUUUGUCAGAUGUACAAGUUGAUGAGAAGGCUGCAGAGGAAUGUAAACCGGAUCAAAUUCCACUGGAUUCCGACUAGCGAAAACAAUAAGCUGUUAGGUCUGGCUAAAGAACAUGCCAGAGCCGCAACACGAGAAGAUGCCCUCCCACAAGAACGCGUCCCGAGGAUGAAGUCGACCACAUUGAAUAUUGCGCGAUCCCAAGCAGUCCCCACCAAUGAACUACCACAGAACGUAGAAAGACACGCAAACCGAGUAGAUGCCGCACUGCCAGGCAAACACACCCGGCAGUUGUAUGAUCGCCUCACGUGGAAAGAAGCGACCGUACUGGCCCAGCUCCGAACCGGCAUGGCUAGCCUCAAUGGAUAUCUCCAUCGAAUUAAUGUAGCAGAGACGGAUCAAUGCGAUUGCGGACAAGCAAGAGAGACCGUGGAGUACUUCCUCUUCUGA